GCCAUUAACGGUCUUCUAAAAGCAUCAGAAUUUACAUGUAUGAGUCCAGAUGCUACAAAUGCGAUCAAGCUGCAGUCUCUGUUGACUUGUCGAGAACCUUCACGCAACAACGAAGAUGAAAAACCCAGCACCAAGUUUGCUAGACUACUGCCGAGAUUUUGGAAAGGCAAUGAGAGAUAUCUAUUAAGCAAAUUAAUACUUCACCAACUGGAAACCCAUUAUUCUGUUCCAGAGCUCGCAAUGAAACUUUCUGCUAUUGCAAAAUUAAAUCCGAUUUCAGUAGUACCUGUGGACAAAACGAACAUUGCAAAGAUGAGGGAAUGGGCGAGUGAACAUGAGCAGUGUGUUCGAAAGCUUACUGUUAGGUAGCAAACAAUUAAAUUUUCAGCUGGCACAUUGUCUAUAGCCUAUGGGCUAUAAACAUACCACAAGAUCCUCUCAACAGCAAUGUGGAAGAAGAAGUCAUUGAAAGAGAGAAAGAGGAAGUCAUUGAAGAGUAUGACAGAAACCGGAAACCGCGCUAGAAAAGUCUCUGGCACCCAGGGUAAGUAUGACUCUGACUUUGCUUCCAAUUUAUCUUCGCCUCAACUAUGUGAGGAUGAGGAUAUGAAGAGUGAUGUUGUGGUGAGUUCAACCUUAAAAACGCGAAAUGGCAGACAAAUAAAAGCAGUGGUUAGGCUGAAUUUGUAA